AUGGCUGCAACUGGCAUUGAUCAUCAACAAAAUAUGAAUAACAUGUUUGAUGCGUUGAGUUUUGAUGAUAACGGAACUAUACAAAUGCCAAAUUCUAUGACUGGAUUUUUGGGACUUCAAGAUGCUAAUCAUCAUUAUAUCCAGAAUGAUUUUUUUACAACUCAAAUAACAAACCUACCUCAAGAUUUGUCGGUGUUGCAUACUGGAUCCCAAAGUAUUAUGAACAAUGAAGGGAAUAUGAGCGACAAUCACUCAUUACUCUCAUUUGCACCUGGAGUCCCAAUGAUGAGUACUAUAAGCGACGAUCAACAAGCGUUGAUACCAAGUCAACAGUUAUCAUUCACUUUUCCUAUCCCAAAACGUCCUGAUCAUGGCCAGCAAGGAAGAGAAAUAGCCUUGAAGGCAAAUCAUUUUAAGGUAUCAAUUCCAGGAGGUAAUGUACAAUAUUAUCAAGUAGAUGUAUCUCCAGAGAAAUGUCCAAGAAAAGUAAACCGUGACGUAAUAAAAGCUUUAAUUUCUUCUUAUCCAAAUGUUUUCGUUAAUACAAAAUUAGUUUAUGAUGGUAAAAAGAAUAUGUAUACAAGAGAGUUAUUACCAAUAGGUACUGAUAGAAAUGAAUUUGAAGUCAAUUUAUCUGGAGAUUCAAAUCAAGAAAGAAAAUUUACUGUUGGAAUACGUUAUCAAGCAACUGUUUCAUUACAACGUCUUGAAGAUGCAAUGGCUGGAAUUAUUCAUAGUAUUCCUGCUGAUGCUGUACAAGCUAUGGAUGUUAUUUUAAGGCAUUUACCAUCAACACAAUAUACUCCUGUUGGAAGAUCAUUUUUCUCAUCACCACAUACAACAAAACCUCAACAUAGUGGACAACAUCAUCAUGGACAAGAUUAUGGAAAACUGGGAGGUGGGCGAGAGGUUUGGUUUGGUUUCCAUCAAUCUGUAAGGCCAUCAGAAUGGCGCAUGAUGUUAAAUAUUGAUGUCUCAGCUACAGCAUUUUAUCGUAGAAUGUCUGUAUUAGAAUUUUUAGCUGAAGUAUUGGAACAACCUGUCUCAACAUUUGCUGAAAGACGUUCCUUAUCUGAUGCUCAAAGAGUUAAAUUUACAAAAGAAAUGAGAGGAUUAAAAAUUGAAAUAACUCAUUGCGGACAAAUGCGUAGAAAAUAUAGAGUUUGCAAUGUCACGAGAAGACCGGCUCAGUCUCAAACAUUCCCACUUCUUAAUGACAAUGGAAUGACUACUGAUUGUACUGUUGCAAAAUAUUUCCUUGACAAAUAUAAUAUGCAAUUAAAAUACCCUUACUUACCAUGUUUACAAGUUGGUCAAGAACAUAAAAAUAUAUACCUGCCAUUAGAAGUUUGUGAUAUUGUUUCAGGACAAAGAUGCAUUAAAAAAUUAACUGAUACUCAAACUUCAACAAUGAUUAAAGCAACAGCACGAAGUGCUCCUGAAAGAGAACGUGAAAUCACAAAUUUAGUUCAAAAAGCAGAUUUUACAAGUGAUCCAUAUGCUGCUGAAUUUGGAAUUUCUAUAACACCUGAAAUGACUGAAGUUAAAGGUCGCGUUCUUCCAGCACCAAAACUUCUUUAUGGUGGGCGUACUAAAACAACAGCCUUACCUAAUCAAGGAGUUUGGGAUAUGAGAGGAAAACAAUUUCAUACAGGAAUUGAAGUUAAAAUGUGGGCUAUAGCAUGUUUUGCUCAACAAACUCAUGUCAAAGAACACGAUCUUAGAAGUUUUACAGGAAAUCUUCAACGCAUUUCUUCUGAUGCUGGUAUGCCAAUAAUUGGACAACCAUGCUUCUGUAAAUAUGCAGUUGGCGUUGAUCAAGUUGAGCCAAUGUUUCAAUACUUAAAAAAUACUUAUCCUGGUCUUCAAUUAGUUGUUGUUGUUUUACCAGGAAAAACACCAGUUUAUGCGGAAGUUAAACGUGUUGGUGAUACUGUAUUAGGUAUUGCAACACAAUGUGUUCAAGCUAAAAAUGUUAUUAAAACAACACCACAAACACUUUCAAAUUUAUGUUUAAAAAUGAAUGUUAAAUUAGGUGGUGUUAAUUCAAUUUUACUUCCUUCAGUUAGACCAGCUGUUUUUAAUGAACCUGUAAUAUUUUUAGGUGCUGAUAUAACACAUCCACCAGCAGGUGAUUCUAGAAAACCAUCAAUUGCUGCAGUUGUUGGAUCAAUGGAUGCUCAUCCAUCACGUUAUGCUGCUACAGUUCGUGUUCAACAACAUAGACAUGAAAUAAUAACUGAUCUUGCCUAUAUGGUUAGAGAACUUCUUGUUCAAUUUUAUAGAAAUACUCAUUUUAAACCAACAAAAAUUGUACUUUACCGUGAUGGUGUUUCUGAAGGUCAAUUUUUAAAUGUUCUUCAAUAUGAAUUAAGAGCAAUACGUGAAGCUUGCAUGACAUUAGAAAGAGGAUAUCAACCUGGUAUUACUUUUAUUGCUGUUCAAAAACGUCAUCAUACAAGACUUUUUGCUUGUGAUAGAAGAGAUCAAGUUGGUAAAGCUCAAAACAUUCCACCAGGUACAACUGUUGAUGCUGGUAUUACUCAUCCAACAGAAUUUGAUUUUUACCUUUGUUCACAUGCAGGAAUUCAAGGUACCUCACGUCCUUCACAUUACCAUGUACUUUGGGAUGAUAAUAAUCUUAAGGCUGAUGAAUUACAGCAAUUGACUUAUCAAAUGUGUCAUACUUAUGUUCGUUGUACAAGAUCAGUAUCAAUUCCAGCUCCUGCUUAUUAUGCACAUCUUGUAGCUUUCCGUGCUCGUUAUCAUUUAGUUGAUCGUGAACAUGAUUCUGGCGAAGGUUCACAACCAUCUGGAACUUCAGAAGAUACAACAUUAUCAAACUUGGCUCGUGCUGUUCAAGUUCAUCCUGAUGCCAAUAACGUUAUGUAUUUUGCCUAA